AUGAUAAGACACUCCCUAAAUGCCUUCAAGCGCCCACGCGGGAGUCUCGUUUCCCGUGUGCCUCGCAGACUCCACUCUGUGAUUGGAAUUGACCUUGGAACCACCAAUUCUGCGGUGGCGAUUGUGGAAUCAAACGAAGCAAGAAUCCUCGAGAACGAAGAGGGCCAAAGAACAACUCCAUCCAUAGUGGCGUUCUCCAAAGAUGCUGCUGGCGAUAAGACGUUAGUAGGCUUGCCUGCCAAGAGGCAGGCAGCUGUGAAUCCUCAGAAUACGUUCUUUGCCACCAAGAGACUUAUUGGCAGAAAGUACGAGGACGACGAGAUCCAGAAAGACUUGGACAAUAUUCCCUACAAAAUCGUCCCACACACUAAUGGCGACGCCUGGCUCUCUACCUCGUACGGAAAAUCCGUUUCUCCCUCGGAAAUUGGUGGCCUAAUCCUCGAGAAGAUGAAGCAAGUGGCUGAAGCCCAUCUCUCUCAGGACAAAUUACCCAUUAAGCAUGCUGUGGUGACAGUACCAGCGUAUUUCAACGAUUCCCAACGUCAGGCCACCAAGAACUCGGGAAAGUUGGUGGGAUUGGAGGUCCUCAGAGUGGUAAACGAACCAACUGCAGCUGCAUUGGCCUACGGCAUUGAUAAGAAGCAAAAGGACGGUGUGGUGGCAGUAUUUGACCUUGGAGGAGGCACUUUCGACAUAUCCAUCUUGGACAUUGAUGAAGGUGUCUUUGAAGUCCGUGCCACCAACGGAAACACUCAUUUGGGAGGAGAAGAUUUCGAUAUCUUGCUAUUAAAUUACAUUUUGGACACUUUCAAAGCAGAGAACAAUGGCUUGGAUAUACUGAAGGAUAGAGUGGCAGUCCAGAGGAUCCGUGAGGCUGCUGAGAAAUGUAAAAUCGAGUUGUCACAUGUGAAAGAGACCGAAAUCAAUAUUCCAUUUAUUACAAGCGAUAAGCACAUCAAAAUCAAAAUCACCGAAGACGAGUUGGACGAAAUGACCCUUCAUUUGAUCAACAAAACCAUCGACCCCGUUAAGAGAUGUAUCCGUGACGCAGACUUGAAAAUCAAGGACAUCGAUGAAGUAUUGCUCGUGGGAGGAAUGACCCGUAUGCCAAAAAUCAGAAAGGUGGUGGAGGAACUAUUCAAUAAGAAGCCUAGCACGGCAGUCAAUCCAGAUGAGGCAGUUGCUUUAGGUGCUGCUAUCCAGGGUGCCGUGCUCUCUGGACAAAUCAAGAAUGUCGUGCUAUUGGACGUGACACCAUUAUCGCUAGGAAUCGAAACAUACGGAGGCAUUUUCAGUCCCUUGAUCCCCAGGAACUCGGCUGUUCCGGUCAAGAAAGAACAGGUCUUCUCUACCGCUGUGGAUGGCCAAACAGGAGUUGAGAUCAGAGUUUUCCAAGGUGAGAGAUCGCUUGUCAAGGACAACAAGUUGAUUGGCAACUUCAAGUUAUCCAAUAUUCCUAUCGGACCCAAGGGUAGUCCUCAGAUCGCGGUAAACUUCGAAAUAGAUGCUGAUGGUAUCAUUAACGUUUCAGCUACUGAUAAAACUCCAUAUCCAGAAGAUCUGGAAAACUUCGGUAAGAAGAACACAGUUUCAAUCCAGGUUUCCGGAGAGACUGGAUUAUCAGAGGAAGAGAUUAAGAGAAUUCUUGACGAAAGCACAGCCAACAAAGAAAAGGAUGCUGAAGCCAGAAAGUACUACGAGCAUGCCUCUAGGGCUGAAAUCAUCUGCACAGACACAGACAAUGCCAUAAUACAAUUCGGGGAUCUAAUGGAACAACAAGAAAAGGACUCAAUCGGUAACCACCUUGCCAGGAUCAGAGAAAAGAUCGAAGACAUCCGUUCAGGCAGGAUUCUCCACAGUCCUGACAUUUUGAACAACGAACUUAACGAAAUGCAACAAGAGUGUCUCCAGUACAUUCAGAAGGUUGCAAUGAAGCAACGUGAUCAAGCAAAGUAA